AUGAUGCCUCAGAACCCGCCGGGCUCAGCCCAGCAGGCUCCUCAAGAUUAUCCACCUAGGCGGCCUUCAGAUAGUCAUCUUCAUCAUCAUCUUCAACAACAACAACAGCAGCAGUCACAGCAGCAGCUACAACAACACCAUCAGCAAUAUCCGCAAGCACAUCACCACCAGCAAACUCCACAAGCUUAUCAUCCUCAUCUCCAAUUGCCUCCUCCUCCUCCUCCUCCUCCUCCUCCUCCUCCUCCACAACAGCCAGCUCCAGGCCGCUCAGCGCUCCGCAAACGCAAGUCCUCUGAAGUUCUAUCAGUAAUUUUGGCAGACCCCUCGGUUGUCAAGAAGGAAAAACGAGCUGAUGAGAAUCCAGAACACAUGGCGGCUCCUGCUCCUGCUCCAGCAUCAUCAUCUUCAUCUUCUUCAACUCCACAACAACAACAUGCAACAUCUCAUCAACAAACAGACCCAGCGCUUUUGGCUCAGCAAGAUGCAAAUCAACAACAACAGCAUCAACAGCAUCAGCAGUACUCGCAGUAUCCUUACUCUUCAUACUAUUAUUACCAGCAACAACAACAACAACAACAGCAACAUCCUCCACAUCCACAUCCACCUCCACCGCCAGGUCCGCAACAUGCUCCACAGCAGCACCAACAUGCUCCACCGCCAGGUCCGCAACAUGCUCCACAGCAGCAGCAAAAUGCUCCGCAGCAGCACCAACAGCACCAGCAGCACCAACAGCACCAGCAGCACCAACAGCACCAGCAGCACCAACAGCACCAGCAGCACCAGCAGCAUCAGCAGCAUCAGCAGCAUCAGCAGCAACACUCAGUCCAGUACCAUCUCCAAACAGAGCAUCCCCAAUACAUGUAUUCUCAUCAACAGCAUCCACCACCACCACCACCUCCACCUCCAGUACCAAAUCAACAACAUCAACAUCAACAUCAACAGCAACAGCAACAGCAACCUCUUGUUCCUCCUGCUCCUCCUCAACAACAACCUUCUGCUCCUGCUCCUUCUCAACAACAACAACAACCAUACCCGUACAACUACCCAUAUCAAUACUCAGUCCAACCACCACCGCUUCCUGCGCCUCAUCAACAACCUCCUCUUCCUCCUGGAUCCAUUGGUGGACCCGGAUCUUCUACAAACCAAUCAUCUACUACGACUUCUGCAACCUCUGCUACAUCAUCAUCAUCAACAACAUCCUCAUCAUCUUCUUCUAAUACUACCUCUGGGACAUCUUCUUCGUCCAUGUCUAGCAGGAGGCAUGCCCAUAUUUUAUCUGAGCAACGACGUAGAGAAAACAUUAACGGCGGAUUCCAGCUGCUCAGAUCAUGCGUGCCAUUUUGUAAGGGUACCCAGGACUCUAAAGCCAUGAUUUUGAAAAAGGCUGUGGACUAUAUUUUGACCUUGGAACAAGAGCUCACCCAAUUGAGGUACCAAGCACAACCAGGCCAACAUCCCCCAGUAGGACCCCAACAACAACAACAACAACAACAGCAGCAGCAGCAGCAGCAGCAGCAACAACAACAACAACAACAACAACCACAACCGGGCCAGGUACCGGGCCAGCCACAACCACAGUACUCUCAAUACCCGCAAUACUCGUACCCUCCACCUCCACCACCCCAAUCUUUUCAACAACAACAACAUGCUCAAGGGACAGGACCAACACAACAACAGCAGCAACAACAACAAUCACAACAAUCCCAACAAUCCCAAGCUAGACACCCACCUCCACCACCAAUCCAUAUUCCUCAUGGGGUUCCUCCGGGUCCUCCUCCUCCAGCAAGUGCUCCCCCGGGACCAGUUCCACAUCUACCUCCUCCACCACCUCCUCCUCAUCCACCAGGAUCUCAACGACAUACUCAAUUAGGGCCUCCUGCACCUUCUCAUCAUCUUACACCACGACCUCCUGGCUCAUCUCCUGAAAAAUCAGAACCAGUACAGCCCACAGGGUAUUCUAGUUAUGGAUAUGAACAUACUGCAUCUUCAACGUCAGCACCAUCAUCUUCUUCAGCCUCAGCAUCUACAACAAAGGGAUACGGAUACGCACAAAGCUCGGGCAACCACCAGUAUGCGGCUCCAUAUUAUGCGUCUUCAACAAAUACAACAAAUACAAAUACAAAUACAACAACAACCUCUUCUUCUUCGUCGUCUUCGUCUUCUUCUUCUACAUCAUCAUCAUCAUCAUCAUCUUCUUCUUCUUCUUCUUCUUCUUCUUCUUCUUCUAAUGCUGCUUCUUCACAAAUUCAAACAUCACAGCAACGUUCUCCACUAAAUCAUUCUCAAGUACCGGUGAACUCGCAGCAGCAGCAGCAGCAGCAUGGGGGUAAUAGUAGUACUAGCGGCCCACAUGGUGCUCAGCAGUACGCGGCAUAUUACACGAGUUCUGAACACGGGAGCAACAGUAACACCAGCACCAGUGGAAGCAGCAAUAACGUCUUAGCUAGUAGUGAUACUGCAACUAAUACAGGUAGUAACAAUGGUAGCAGCAGCAGCAGCAGCAGCGGCAACAUUGGCACGAGUGUAAGUAAUGCCAAAACCAGCACAGUAGGUGCCCAGGCAACCGCCACACCACAGAAUGCAGCAGCAUCUACAGCAUCAGCAGCAGCAUCAGCACCUCCACCUGGCCAAACACCUGUACAGGCGCAAGUUGGACCCUCGCGGCACUACCCGCAGCAGCAACAGCAACAACAACAACAUCAAACGUCGACAUCGGCUCCGGCAUCGGCAUCGGCAAGCGCAUACCCAGGAACACAAUCUUAUGCAUACAAUAGCAAUAGCAGCCCAGCAUCCGGGUCUCGACCUGACCUUUCUUCUCAACAACAACCAUCUCAUUCACAGUACCCACAACAUUAUCAUCAGUACUCGGGUUCGUCUAUCAUGAGAUCAACAAGUACUCCACCGGCUCUUUAUGCUCGUCAACACCAUCAGCAAUAUCAUCAUCAUCCUCCUCCUCCUCCUCCACCAGCAGCAACAGCAGCCUACGGGUACACGGGGCAUGGAUAUGCACCAAGUGCAGGAACAAAAACUCCACCACCACCGGUGCCCUUACACUUAUUAAGCAGUGAUGAAGGCAGUGCUAGUGGUAGUUCUACAGGUCUAGAGCAUGGUCAAACAAUCCAGCAGCAACAGCUGCGAACGUACGAGCAGUUGAGAGAGGCCGAGGCUCGUGGAGCACCAGAUGGAUCCGGGUCUGCGGCCGGCAGCGGGACCAGUGGAUCCCAUGGGAUUCUGAAGCAUGGCUUUAUAAAGAAAGAAGAAGACUGUGACGAGGACCGCAAACCAAUUCCAACGAUACUUGGGCACACGGAAGAAGAUAACGAUGUGGAAAUGAGUGACGAUGACCGUGCAAACAAAUCACAUUUGCAUGCAAGUAGUCACCACAACCAACAACAUGCUCAGGAUAUGGACGUUUCGAUGGACGCAAAUACAAGCGUACUUACUGAUGACGGGAAGGCUUGUGGGUCCCGCAGUGGAACAGCAGCAGCAACUACGUUGGCGUCUUUGUCACAGGCCUGCGGCGGCGGCGGCGGCGGCGGUUCCUCGUCAGCUGCCAUUGAUCCUGAUACAACUGUGGGGAGUGUCACUUCGCGUGCACCUAUCCCUGGACCUGGACCUGUUCCGCGCUCAGAAACCCGCGUGUCUACAGGCACCAUUUUGCCGGACGGCCACGGAGGCACCGGCUCAGGCAAUACAUCAAAUACAGGACACUCAGCACCACCAACAUCUUCAGUCGCAGUGCUCUCACCUCCACCACCUGCUCCGCCAACCAUUGAGUUUGGCUUGCCGCUCCCGCGCGCAUCUUCCCGGCCCCUCCACUCGGCUCCAGCAACAGCAACAGUGCCCCCCCCUCCUCCUCCUUCUUCUUCCUCUACAGCAGCACAGACAACUGGGCCAUCAACAUCAUCACCACGGUCCCACUCGCCAACCCCACACGCAUCGCCGUCACGGUUGUCGCCAACACGUUUGUCUCCUCUCAAACGGCCCACCCCUCUACGCCCGUCGCCACCCAUGUCUGCCACAACGCCGUCAUCUGCGUCAUCACCACGCGUCGCACCUCUGGCCUUACGGUUACCUCCCAUUGACUUUAAGCCGCGCCGGGCCUCUGAGGCGUUUUCUUCACAACAGCUUCAGGCGUCUUCUACAAGCACGACGCCAGCAGCCGGAUCAUCUUCUACAACUCUUUCGCGGUACUCGACGUAUAGUUAUGGAACAACAGCGUCAACAGCAUUGAGUGCUGGAGGAGGAGGAGGAGCAGCAGGAGACCCGGUUCGACCCCAAUCUUCGGGGCCUGGAUCUUCGGCCGUGCACAAUGUUUCUGGAGACAGUGGUAGCAAGUCUGCCCAAUGA